UGAACUGCUUCAGUUGCAGAGGCUUGGAGAGGGUUUGUCCACGUAACCGACCUUUGUGGAUACACCAAGAACAAUUUGUGGACUUGAAUCAUCCCUAAAGACCCACCUUCCGUCUUUGAUCCCUGACCCCCUGUGUGUUGGAAAUCCAGGGGACCACAUUCCAGGCUGUUAACCUGUCAGCAGCUCCUCCAUUUGAAUGAAGUAGUAGUCUUUCAUUUCCCCUGAGCUCCAGCGAGUACUGGGGCUGCGCUCUGUUCUCUUAGGCCCCGGCCAGUGAGCGCCUCUAUCUGGGCUGCCAGCCAGCCAGCCAGCCAGACGGUCCUCCCGGGGUUUUCUUUGGGGUGGGGGGAGUUUUGAAGGUCCAGCUGGAGAUUUGGGAGUUACCCAGAGUUUCUUCACCACGUGGAUCACAGGAGAGAAAGAGGAGGACACCAUGGGGUGCUGUAGUGGCAGGUGUACCUUGGCCUUCAUCUGUGGCAUGCAGCUGGUCAGUGUGUUGGAGCGUCAGGUGAUAGAUUUCCUGGGCUACCAGUGGGCUCCCAUCCUGACCAACUUCCUCCACAUCAUCGUCGUCAUCCUUGGCCUGUUUGGCACGAUUCAGUUCAGGCCGAGAUAUGUCACUGGGUAUGCAGCCUGGCUUGUAGUGUGGAUGACCUGGAAUGUUUUCAUCAUCUGUUUUUACCUGGAGGUUGGAGAUCUGUCCAGAGACUCUGACCUCGUGCUGACUUUCAACCUGUCCAUGCAUCGCUCCUGGUGGAUGGAGAACGGCCCGGGGUGCAGGGUGACACCCAUCACCCCUCCUCCCUCCUGGGCACCUGAGGACCACCGAUAUAUAUCUAUAUCUGGCUGUCUGAUGGAUUUUCAGUUCAUAGAGGUGGCUCACUCCUCACUGCAGAUACUCCUGGCUUUGGUGGGGUUUAUCUAUGCCUGCUACGUGGUCAAGCUCAUUUCUGAAGAGGAGGAUAGCUUUGAUUUUAUAGGAGGGUUCGACUCGUAUGGUUAUCAGGGGCCUCAGAAGACCUCCCACCUCCAACUACAGCCCAUGUACAUGUCUAAGUAAACCCAGGAUAUACCCAGGAGUGCUGCCUUACCAACCACCACUGCUUAACAUCCUGCUUUUACUACUCCAACUGUCUUUGAAUAAACAACAACUGAAACACAGACAAGUAGAAGGGAUACAGAUAACACCAAAAUAUUCUGCAAUUCAACCUACAAAUCCCCCUAGUACUUGGUCAGAAGGCUUCCCUGAUCUGCCUGUCUGUUGUUUUUAAUGUAGUUAGGUCUGUUCCUGAUGAAACACUGGCCUCGUGUGGCUGAUUGUGGUAACUGCAGGACAUAUGUUUUGGCAGACUCUGAGGGGCACAAUCUGGAGCCAAUGACUUGCCUCCUCUUCUGCUGUUGGAUAUCUGCAUUGUGAAGGAAACCAAAGGGGAUGCAAAGAGGCCACAGCUCAUUGGUUGUGUUGUGUUUCUUCAGGCUUCCAGUGAGAAUUCAUGGAUUUCUGCGGUCAGAGAUGUGUCAACAUGGAACCCUGUUCCUUCAUGUUACUGCAGAAAUCAGUUGCUUUCUCAAGUGUUAUGGUAUCUACCAGCUCUCAAGUGUAGAUAUGCCUGACCAAAGAGUUUAAAAAACCCCAGAGACACAUCCCUGUGUAAACAAUAGAGCCUGUUGAACCGUCUCUGGAACUCUUUUGCUCAUUGUGCCUGAUAGAUUAGAAAUCGGACUUCAACCAAACUGACUAAGCAUCUCCUAACAAGGCUACCGAUCAAGGAAUGUCAGACUUAAUUUUUCUAAGAUUACUUUAUGGUGCAUUUGAAUGGAGAUAGAGAGGCUUGAUAUAAGAAUAGGCUGGACUCAAGCACGAGUACCACGCUACACAUUUUACUCUGUUGUUUCAUCAAAGACUCUGAAUGUUAAAUAACAGUGUGAUGUGUAGAUUUACAUAUUAUCAUCACAUAUGUGCAUGUGUACAGGAAGCAGACACAUUCACACACACACAAGAGAUGCAUACGGGAAUACACACAUGCAUACACACACACACACACACACACACACACACUCACACAUGCAUACACAUUCCUAUAACAGAUAUACAACCGCAUAACUUUUAUACUAUUAAUGUGAAUCUUAACAAUGUUUACAAUAGGAAUUCUGUCUGUCAGGCAGAAAGGCUGAACUUGUGCAACAGGAAGAUAGACAGGCAGACUGGGACAUAGACAGGAGACGAGAGAGAGAGAGAGACACUUUUUAGCUGCAGCGUCCCAAAGGCCAUAGGGUGUUUUCUUCCAUCUUAAUACAGACAGGGCAGUUGUUCCAGAUGUGUUUCUUUGGUCUCUUGCUGGCUAAAUAUUUUGUCUUCCAUCCAAGACAGACAGGUAGACGAGAUAGAGACAGAUCAUGACAGAGAAAACAACUACAGAAGAGUGAUUGAGGUCAGGCAACAGUUUCCCAUCCACCCAUCUCUUUCAGCAGGCAAGUUGUUCCUUUUUUUAAAUUAUAUUUUUAAAAAAUGCUGGAAGCCAGAUAAAGUGCCCAAUCAGCCUUAAUGUCUGCCGCAUCCAGCUCUUUUUAAUAACAGAAAUAGUUCAAAAGCAGCCAGAAUCCUCCACAGGCAAUGCCUCCAUAGAGAGAAAAGACACACCCUUUACAGAAAUGACAAUCACAGUCAAAGUGGCCUGAAUCUUGUCAUGGAUUGGCAUUUUUGUAUCUUAAAAAAAAUGUGAUGAAAAAGCUGAAAAGUGGCGACGACAUCAUGUGGGAACAGAGAAGCCUCUACGUUAGACAAUUAUUUGAUUAGUAUUUCUUUUACUAUUGUUUAUGUAUGGCAACUCAAACCACUGGUGAGAUGACAAAGCUUGGUGAACGAAAGGAAAAGGAAACAACAGAGGCUGACACUGUAAGCAUCCACCCUCACCUGCAGACUAACGAGGACAAAAAUGAUACCAGAGAAAUGCCAGAGACUCAGAAGCUCCCCUCCUUUUCACCUCACUACUCGAAUUUUAAUGUUGAAAGUGCCAACUGUGUCACCACAUAGACGUCUGUGAAGCCUGGUUUCCGAACGCCACAGACUGGGACCAAAAAUAAUGGGUCUCAGGUUCACUUUUCUCUGGUUCCCAAUGUAAGAAAAAAAAUAGUGAAGAUAUAACAGAUCGAAAAAUUCACAUUUGCAUUCCAGACGGCCAGCAGGCUUCUCUGUUUUACUCUGUCCAGAAAAUCGACUGCUCCCUUCUGGAAAUGUGGCUGAACAUGUUGCAUUUGUGUUGCAAUCACUGGACCAAAAGUUCGAGGCCUUCUCCGUCUGUUGAGGAGCAUUUUUUUUAGGGGGGGGGGGACAGUGGUUUCUCUUGACAUAAGGAUGGACUAACAGAGCAUUUCCCUCUACAAAUUGAUCUCAAAGUCCACCCUCUAACCCCUCUCUGCCAGUUAUCUUCAGCAGUUUAUCUGUUUGUUUUCUUUUUUUUUUUUUUUUCUUUUUUU